AUGCCUUUUGCACCCCGUCCAGCACCCGUCAAGGACUAUCCGACCGAGCAAUACAGCUCAGAGGUCCAAGCAGCCCUUGACUUCUAUCACAAAGAAGUCGUCGAGAGCGAUGCGUGGCAAGACGCCGGUGACCGUGAUGGUACGCACAUCUGGAAGAAGCCGGACGCAGAUCCGUACGGUGUCCCGACCGUCAAAGGCACCUGUCUCAUCGAGAAUGCCACCACCGACGAAGUCACCGGCGUGCUCGUCCUGCCCGCCAUGCGCAAGCUCUGGGACACCCGUGUCGUACAGGCUAGAGCGCUAGCAAGAUACUCACCCCGCAUAUUCGCCUUUUACACUGAGAUGGCCGGCCUGAGCUGGCUCGUCUGGCCGCGCGACAUCUGCGGUGCAGGCUCGAUCAUCAGAGGUAGCGAGGAAAAUACAGAGACAUACAUUGUCCAAGUGUCUGUCGAGAAUCCCGAGCUGUGCCCAGAGGUCGACGGCAAGGUAAGAGCUACGCUCACCUCUUCAGUCUGGCAUCUCGUCCCCAAGGGCGAUGGCGUGGAAGUCACCUACCUCGUCAAGAUUGCCCUCAAUGGUGCCAUUGCUGCCAGUCUGGUCCAGGCACUCGCCACAGAAAUCCCUUCCUGCGUCUCGCGCGUCAGAGAUGCUUACUAUGAACACGGACAUUCACCAUAUAUCGUGUUGCUCAAAGGCAAGGAACCCAAGUCACAGAUCAACAUUGAAGACAUCAGUCUCAAAGAUCCCGAGCGAACCUGGAUCGCCAACAUCAACCCUGCAACAGGUGACGACGUCAUCAAUCUACGCUACUCGACUAGAAUGUACCCCGAUGGUGUCAAGAUCACUAGCUCGGGUUCAGGUGCAUCACAUGCUCGCAUCGAAGACCACAAGGACGGCAAAGCGACCGUCACGUUUGCAAACGACGCCGACGGCACAGAGAUUGAAAUACAGAUUUCACCCGCCUGA